AUGAACAAACCCUCCACUGCCCUCUGCGGCCGCCUCCGCCAUGUUUUUCUACAGAAGCCCACUUCCACCGCCGUUGCCCCGACCGUCCGAGAUGAAAAUCUCCUAAACUUCGCCAACCAGUUCAAGAAAGAUUCGAACUCCCCAGGCUUCCGCCGCAAUAGCUCUGCAUACAAGUCCGCCGUCCGGCGCCUCACCGAUGCCGGCCAGUUCUCUGCCAUCCACGACAUACUCGACCAUCAGAAGCGCUACCCAGACAUAAAAGUCGAGCACUUUACGGUCCGCCUUAUUCGCCUCUAUGGUGAGGCCAAGAUGGUGGACCAUGCCCAAAAGUUGUUCGACAAAAUGCCCCAGUUAAAAUGUCCACAAACUGUAAUUUCGUUUAAUGCCCUUCUAGCUUCCUGCUUACCUUCUAGACGUUUCUGGAAAAUCCGUGAACUUUUCCGGGAGUUACCGGGGAAAUUGUCCAUAAAGCCAAACGCCAUCUCUUACAACUAUGUGAUUGGUGCUCUUUGCGAAAUGGGGCACUUGGAUGAGGCCAUGCUGAUGCUAAAAGAGAUGGUGGAAACCGGUGUGGAACCCAAUGUGGUCACGUUCGACUCUCUCUUGGGCGCGUUUUACUGCAGUGGUAUGUUCAAGGAUGCGGAAAAUCUAUGGGAAUUAAUGUUGCAGAAGAAUGUUGUUCCUGAUUUGAGAUGCCAUAACUGGAGACUCCAUGGGUUAUUGGGAGAAAACAGAUUACCGGAGGCUAUGGAGCUGUUGAAUGGUUUGGAGGGGAAAGGGUUGAAGCCGGAUGCCCACACUUACAAUAUGAUGAUUAAGGCGAACGAGCGAAAUUUGGACGAGGUAAAAAAAUUGUAUCGGACCAUGGUGGACAAAGGUUGUGAUCUGGAUUCUAUAACAUGCAUGACAGUUAUAACCUUCGCUUUUGAUGAAAACGACAUUGAUUUUGCAUUUGAGUUGUGUAAGAAGCAUUUCGGUGUAAAGAAUGGAGUUUCUAAUAAGAUUAUGAAGAUAAUGAUUGAUGAGCUGGUCGAGCGGUCAGAAAUGGACAAGGCAAAGGAGCUCUCGGAGUUGGUUGAAUCAAAGCAUAAAAUGAGAGGACCUGGUUAA